ACAGAGAAAGAAAUCAUUCAAACUGAAUCAUUUUAUGGACUCAAUUAAUUGUAAAUAAGCAAAUUUGUAAAGGCUGCAUUUUGCAGGUCUAUUUUUUUUGAUUGUUUUCCACACAUCUUUAAGUUGUCAUCCGUGUGCAGCGCUUAAUAUUAUGGGAUGGUGCCCUGUGGUAAUCAGGUUUUAAAUGGAUUCCACCGUGAUGCUGAAAUGAAACUCGAUCCAUGACAAAUCAGAAAUAUGAGAUUUAUUCUCAUCCAGAGUGUGUGUGUCCACCUUUCUUCCCCGUGUGUUGUGGUGUCACUAGUGUUUGGUGAGUGUGUGAUAGUAUAUGACAGGUGGUCUGCAGUGUGUGUGUGUACAGUCUGUGCCCCCGAAAAGAAGCCGCCUGCUGUGACUGGAAGUGAUAGUGACGACGAGACGAAUCAAAACAGAGCCACAGCAGAUUGUGGAGGGAAAAAAAAGAAAGAAAAUCUGCAGACAAUUCAAGAAACCUGGCAUGGCAAACCAGCAUGAUAAUAUCUGUUCACGCUCCAGUAUCUCCAGUGGACAGACAGUGAGGACCAGCCGCAGCUAUGCGAUGUGUGUAGGGGACCAGUGGCGGUGUUGUGGCCCCAGGCGGGAUGCUGCUGACGGCCAGUCAGCAUGACUCUGCUGGACUUGUGGCUGUCGCGCUCCAUCCCCAUGUGCCUGCUCCUCCAGAGCCUUGUCCUCAUGGCCCUGUGCUUCCCCUCGGCCAGCAUGUGUCCAAAGGGCUGCAUCUGCCUACGCGACCCCCACCUCCAUGGCCUCAACGUUACCUGCAGCCAGUCGCGCCUCAAGGAGAUCCCGCCCAGUCUCCCGGUUGACACUGUCCUGCUGAGGCUGGACCACAAUCAAAUAGGUGCCGUGCCAGAUCAAACCUUCCAUGGACUCCGGCUUCUGAGGGAGCUCAAUCUUUCGUACAACGCGGUGGAGAAUUUAGGCGAAGCGGCCUUCAGUGGCAUUGAGGGGACGUUACAGGUGCUGGACCUCUCGCAUAACCGUAUUACUAGCGUACACAAGGAUGCCUUUGCUCGCCUCAAGGCCCGCAUCAUUGUGGAUGAUAACCCCUGGCAUUGCGACUGCGCCCUCCAACAGGCCAUCAGUGGAAUGGCCCACAACCACGAGGCUGCUGCCCGGGUUCUCUGCAGGAGCUCAGAGCUUCUGGACCAGGAGGGAAGACCUUUCUUGGCGGUGGAUACUGACCUCUGUAACCUGGCUAAAAGGACCACAGACUACGCUAUGCUGGUGACCAUGUUCGGUUGGUUUGCCAUGGUCAUUUCGUAUGUAGUCUAUUAUGUUCGGCAGAACCAGGAGGAUGCCCGACGUCACCUGGAGUACCUCAAGUCUCUUCCUAGCAAGCCCAAGAAACCCGACGAGGCUGACGACAUUAGCACUGUUGUCUGACGCUGUGUCAUAGUCAACACCAAAAUGUUUAAGGUAACAGGACCCACUUUUAAUGUGUUUACUCUUUGUACUUCUAGUUAUGUGAGCGUCAAACUGCUGAUGAACCUUUGUAUUUUGGAAAUGUUGUUGUACGUCCUUUAACCAGGGUUUGUUCCGUGACUGAUCUGAGAUGAGACGAGAAGGGGUAGGCCACACAGUUCCAAGAACCCUGUACUGACUCGGUAAUCACGUCUGUCCUGAGUGGUCUGAGUGCAAGUGCGGACGCACCCCCGAUCCAAUCCUGAGUGCAUCCUCAGAUACGAUCUAAAAAAGCACAGUCAGAGUCAUUAGAGCACACGUGUCUACAUUCCUGAAUGUGUAUGAAUGCAAAUGUAGGAUACAUUUGAACUCCUUGUCGGUGUGGGAAAGUCGUUCUUGGUGCUGCCCACAUGUGGUCGGGUCACUGAGGACGGACGUUAGUACGCGGUCUGAAUGGGGCCUAAUGGUGCAUUCACACCGAACAUGAAGCGAUACUCGUGCAGAGCCGGCCCAAGGCAUAGUGGAGAUGAAGAAAAUAAACAUUUUAACUUAUUAAAGAAAUCUAUAUAUAUAUAUUUAGAUAUAGAAAAAGUUUUGCACGCUAGUUAUUGGGUUUUAUUUUGUAGUAUUUUGAAGAUUGCUCAUUUAUCUGUUCCAGGUUUUGGAAACCAACGUCAUUAAACUGGUUUAUUUGCUUCACUUAGAAUACAAAAGUGCAAAUUAAUGCUAUUCGUCAAGCACUGGCCAAUUUAGAGCCCCCAUAAAGGCUUGGGUUGGUGCUGGUGGUCGAAAGAGACUUUCUGCCAAGCCCUGUCCUUCUUCACCACAGUGUGGUCAAGUGUUCCAGUUUCAAAUAUUCCAAACUUCAGCAUCUUUGUCUGCAUUGACCUUCGCGUCACGUUCGGUGUGAAAAACAUCAUUAUUGUCCAAUAUCACCGUUACCUUUUCUACAGAAAAUUAUGACGUUUUGAAAAUUUGAUUCUCAGGUCUAAAGAUAACAUCCUUUUUUUUUUUUUAAAUUUGGAAUUAUAUACAUAUAUAUAUAUAUAUAUAUAUAUAUAAAAAGGUGAAUCUAUUUUUAAGAUGUGACACCCUAUAAUCCCUUUCCUAGAGCCUUCAUUUUGGAAUCUCAAAGCCCACAGCACGA